AUGCAUCUCACUCGGUUCCUGGUCACAUUGGCGGUAGUGUUGUUCUCAGUGGUCGUUUUAGCCGCUGAGGACUACUACAAGAUUCUUGGACUGGACAAGUCCGCCUCAGAAAAGGAUAUCAAGCGCGCAUAUCGGAAUCUGAGCAAAAAAUACCACCCUGACAAGAACCCUAACGACGAGUCCGCUCGUGAGAAAUUUGUCGAAAUCGCAGACGCAUACGAUGUCCUCUCCACCUCCUCCCUACGCAAAGUCUACGAUCAAUACGGCCAUGAAGGUGUUGAACAACAGCGUCAAGGAGGAUCAGCCGGCGGACGCGGCAAUGAUCCGUUUGAUCUAUUCUCGCGCUUCUUCGGCGGAGGUGGACACUUUGGACAUGGAGCUGGACACCGGCGCGGGCCCGAUAUGGAGGUUAAAGCUGCCCUGCCGCUGCGUGAUUUCUACAAUGGGCGCGAGAUCAACUUCCUUGUUGAGAAGCAGCAGAUCUGUGAUGACUGCGAGGGAACGGGGUCUAAGGAUCGGGAAGUGGUUACUUGUGACCAGUGCGGUGGGCAUGGGCGCGUGAUUAAGAAGCAUAUGCUUGCGCCGGGGAUGUUCCAGCAGGUUCAGAUGGCGUGUGAUAAGUGUGGAGGGCAGGGGAAGAAGAUUAAGAAUCCUUGUCCUGUUUGUAAGGGAAAUCGGGUCGUUCGGAAGGAGGUUGAGACGUCUGCUAGUAUUGAGCCUGGGAUGGGGAGGGGGACGAGGUUGGUAUUUGAGAAUGAGGCUGAUGAGAGCCCGGACUGGGUUGCUGGCGACCUGAUUGUUAUUUUGGAGGAGAAGGAGCCUGAGUUGGGGGCUGGGGAUGAGGAGAGGACUGACGGGACAUUUUUCAGGAGGAAGGGGAAGGAUUUGUUCUGGAAGGAGACUCUUUCUUUGAGGGAGGCAUGGAUGGGUGAUUGGUCGCGGAACUUGACGCAUCUUGAUGGCCAUGUUGUUCGUCUUGGUCGGAAACGUGGGGAGGUUGUGCAGCCUUUGGCUGUUGAGACGAUUUAUGGUGAGGGUAUGCCGCAUUACUCGGAGGGUCAUUUGCAUGAUCAUGGUGAUGAUGGUGAGGAUCAUCCUGGUAACCUCUUUGUGGAAUACACUGUUGUUCUGCCUGAUCAGAUGGAGAGUGGUAUGGAGAAGGACUUCCAUUCUCUGUGGGAGAAGUGGCGCAAGAAGAUCGGCGUCGAUUUGGCCAUGGAUAGCGGUCGACCGAUGCCUCCGCCGGCGGAGGAGCUAAAGGAUGAGCUCUGA